AUGAGAAGUUUACUUUUAAUCUGUUAUUUUUAUUUUUUAUACAUAACAGCAAUAAGUAUAGGAUUUUAUAACAUUGAUGUAUAUUACAACUCAAACAGACUUAAUCUUAAGUUUGUGAAGUAUAAAGAGAUAAUACAGUUAAUAAGAAAAUUAGCGGAAGUAUUUGAUAUUAAAAAUGAGGAUAUUUUAAAUGAUUCAGGUCAUAAUAUAAAAGAGGUACAAUUGCUAUAUAAUCUGAGUGAAACAAAAUAUGAAAAUACACCACUUGAGGGAUACUUUGGUGAUUCAAGAGAUUUAUUUGUAAAAUUAGUAGAUUUAAUAUUUUUGGAAAAUUUUAAUGAAAAGUUGAAACAAGAGAAAAAUAAGAUCAAUUCUAUAUGUUGUACAUUGAAUGUUAUGGAGAAUAAAAUAAAAAAUUAUAUGGAUAGUUCAGUUGAUAGCGCAGGUAAUCAUAUUUCUUUUGUAUUUAAGGAUCUUGCAUCCUACGAAGAUGAAUUACGUAUAUAUACAGAUGUUGGUGUUGAAAUAAAUUUUAGCAAAAAUAACCAAAUAUUAAUUGAUAAACAGAGAGUAGAUAAUUAUUUCAAGGAUGCACAUUUGAGUAAAAUUAAUUUAAGGCUUGGAAAAUCUUUUAAUUUUUUUAAUAAACUAUAUAAAAUGAAUAAAAAAUUUUUAUCUGAAUUUAAUAGGGAUUUAUAUCAUUAUGAUCUUUAUACGACUAGAUAUAUAGGUAUGUCUGCAAAAAUGUUUCCUUUAAAAUAUGCCCAUUUAGGUAAUUUGGAUCUAGUUAAUUUUGAUAAUAGAUUAAGAGAUAUUUUCAAUGAAUUUCAUAGAGCCAUAUUUAAUAAAGAUAAAAAAAAUGGAGUUAAUGAAACUACUUCUCUUAAAGUAAAUACUGGAAGAUUAAACUUUUUAAUUUAUGAUAUGUAUAAAACAUUAUAUGAUACUAUAGCAAAAAACACACAUAAGUUAUUUCUAAGACUAAAUAAGAUAUUAAAUGGUGAUAUAAAAUGCUUGAUAGCCUUUAUUUUAUAUAUACUUGAACAAGAUAUAUGUAAAAAUAAGUUUAUAUUAGAUGAACUGAAAGAUAAACAUGGAACAGAAGUAUUUAGGGAUAAAUUUUUGUUUCAUAUAUAUGAAUUACUUUUACAAGAAAAAGAAGAGAUAAAAAAAUCCUUAAAUGUAUUUAAAACAUAUAUAAAAGAAAUUUUUGGUUUUGAUGUAAAUAGUUCAGGUAUUAGUUCAUUAGUACAAAAGCUUUAUGAAUUAGAUAAUGAAGAUCUUUUUAGAUUGGUUCAUUUAAAUAAAGAAGAUGGUUAUAUACCACUAUUUAAAGCUAUUGUAUACUCAUUAGGGUGCUUAAGGAAAUUAAAUGAAUUUUCGAAUUUUUUAAAAUUACUUAAAAAUGAAUCGAAAAGUAAGUUAAGUGUAAAACUUGAAAAUAUCUUAAUGAGAAAAAGUGUUUUAUAUAUUCCAAAAGAUAAAUCUAGAGAUUUAAUAUUAAAAUUUUUGGAUAUUUAUGAAAGCAGCAUAUAUUUUAUUGAACUCAAGGAAAGUAAUUCAAGAUUAGUUCACGAGUCAAUAUCAAUAGAUUGUUCUCUAAAAAAUUUUAGGGCCUUUAAUUAUUUAAUAAGUUUAUUAAUUAAAGAAUUGAAUAAAUUAAAAAAAUCUCAUUUAUAUUCUAAAAAAAAAAUAAAAAACAAAUAUUCCAUUAUAUUUUUUCUGUAUGAAAUUAAAGAAUUCAAUGGAAGUUGUCAGAAACACCGUUUUAUUAGGUAUAUAUAA